UUUAUUUAUUACUUAAUUAAAAGGUCAAGAAGAGAGACCAGAAUGGAUGGGGGUGGAGGACACAAAUCUGGAAGCCCGAUUUACAAACGAAGUCCGGACAUGACAAAAUCACCGAUGACAAAAUCCGAGCAGCUCCUGAGAAUAGACGACCACGAUUUCACCAUGAGACCAGCAUUUGGAGGUCCUCCAAUACCUGUUGGAGUAGAUGUUCAGGUUGAAAGUCUGGAUACCAUCUCUGAAGUGGAUAUGGACUUUACUAUGACACUGUACCUGCGUCACUACUGGAAGGAUGAGCGGCUGGCAUUCCCGAGCACAAACAACCAGAGCAUGACCUUUGACAGUCGCCUUGUGAAGAAGAUUUGGGUUCCUGACAUGUUCUUUGUCCACUCCAAGCGGUCUUUCAUCCACGACACCACCACCGAUAACGUCAUGCUGAGGGUUUAUCCAGAUGGCAACGUCCUCUACAGCCUCAGAGUCACUGUCACCGCCAUGUGCAACAUGGACCUCAGCCGCUUCCCUCUGGACACCCAAACCUGCUCGCUGGAGAUUGAGAGCUAUGCAUACACAGAUGACGACCUGAUGCUGUACUGGAAGAAAGGCAACGAAUCCUUGAACACUGACGACAGAAUAUCUCUGUCCCAGUUCCUCAUCCAGAAAUUUCACACCACCACCAAGCUGGCUUUCUACAGCAGCACAGGCUGGUACAAUCGUUUGUACAUCCACUUCACCCUGCGGCGCCACAUCUUCUUCUUCCUGCUGCAAACCUACUUCCCUGCUACUCUGAUGGUCAUGCUGUCCUGGGUGUCCUUCUGGAUCGAUCGCAGGGCCGUCCCCGCCAGGGUGCCACUAGGCAUCACCACAGUGCUGACCAUGUCCACCAUCAUCACCGGGGUCAACGCCUCCAUGCCGCGGGUCUCCUACAUCAAGGCAGUGGACAUUUACCUCUGGGUCAGUUUUGUCUUUGUCUUCCUGUCGGUGAUAGAGUACGCGGCAGUCAACUACCUCUCCACCGUACAGGAGAGGAAAGAGAGGAAGCUGAGGGAGAGACUGCCGUGUACUUGUGGCAUCGGCAAUCCAGACGAGAUGAUGAUUGACCCCCAGAUCACUGGCUAUGGGUCUAUGGAUGUCAAUACCACAGGGAAUUAUGGGAUGCCAGAGAAUGGCGGCCGCCAGGAGCGAAUCUUGGCCCAGGUGGCACUGAACGACCCGCAAAUCGCAAGCCAGGUGAAGCCGCCCAGAGGCUACGUGAACAUUUGGAUAGACACCCAUGCCAUAGACAAGUACUCGAGGGUUGUCUUUCCUGGUGCGUACAUCCUCUUUAACAUCAUCUACUGGUCCAUCUACUCGUAACACGGGAUGCCGAAGCGCACAUCACCCAUGAUGAGAGAUUCAUCCAUGAUGGGAGUUCGGCUCAUUUGUACAAGAGCAGGAAAGGUGACGUUGCAUUUGAUGCUUUUCAGACAAAGUAACUGCUCAUAAGAUGUAAGGAGACCAUUGACAGACUGGUGACCAUUGCCUUCAGGACCCAGCCACUUAAAACGGAGGUACUGACAAACAGGACCAUCAUCGUUUCUGGUUUUGUCAGUCCAUCAAAUCCAUGUGGUUUCAUGUUGUAACUGCAGUGCUGUUGAUGGAAAGACGUUUAGGUUUUGUCGUUGCCUGAGGACUUAUUGCACACCCAGAUGAACACACACAUGGACCUGUGUAAUUGUGCAGUUUAACUCAGCUACAUUUCAGUUCUCGAUGCAGUGCUUCUGACCACAUUUUCAAAACUGAAAAUGUGAACUGAAAACGGAUAUUUCACAUUGCCAGCGUACAGACAGAAUCCUUCCCCUUCGCAUACGAACUAGACUUGACAAUCAAUUGCAAACUAGUAAUCUCUAAAGGAAUAUUAUGACUUUUUGUGAAAUGUGCUUAUUUGCUUUCUGAGUUAGAUUAAAAGAUUAAUACCUAUCUCAUAUCUGUCUGGUAAAAGGCUACAGCAAACGACCAGUUAGCUUAGCUUAGCACAAAGACAGAAACAAGGGAAAACCGCUUGCCUGGCUCUGUCUGAAGGCAGCCUACCAGCACCUCUAAAGCUCAAAAAUUAACGAGUUGCAUCUCUUUAUGUAUAAAAGAGAUUUCAUGUUUGGUUAUGUGCUGACUAUUUUUUAGCCGCCCAUAAAACAACAUAUUGUUGUUUUUGCACUUCAGUUUUUGUAUGGAUUAACAAAAGAGAAAUAACACAUUAAUGACGUGAGCUGUAGACGUGGUGGUAGGUGGAUUUUCUAACUGUUACACAGAAGCAGGCUAGCUGUCUCCCUGUUUCCAGUUUUCUGCUAAGCGAAAGUAACUUCAUAUUUAGAGUUCAGAUAUGAGAAUGGUAUCAGUCCUCCUCAUGGUAAGAAAGUGGAUAAGUGUAAUUUUCCAAAAUGUUGAACUAUUACUUUAAAAAUCUGAUAAUCAGAUUAUUUGUAUUCUUAAAGUUCAAUUCCUUUUUUGCAGCAUGUUAGUAUGACUGAGUAUAUGUUCCAUUUUCUUGUGAUCUUUGUAUCAAUGCAGUUAUUUUGAUGUUAAGCUCAUUACUGCAUUGCAUUUAUGUAAUUUGACAGUUUAGGAAAAAAGCAAAGUAAUGCAGUCUAUUACAAUUACAAAUGUAAAAAUAUAUGUUUAGUAAAUCCCAAAUACUGAUAAUGAUAUUCACUUUUAUUUUUUAAAUGUCCUUAUUUUUUCUUUUUUUUUUUUAAUACAACUGAAGCUCAUCUCCUCUGUUUGGUGUUGUGAGGCUUUGAGGUUCACUGUGACCUGUUAGUUGCUAGCUUUUCGUCGUUUUCAGCUUAAAACAACUUCAUACUGUGAUAAGCAAAAGAUAUUAAUAACAUCUUUUGUUGGUUCAUAAGAAAAUGUAUUAACCAA